GGGGAGGAGUGGUUGCAUGUAAAGUCAGCCGAAUGUAGCUUCGAUUGUUGGCUAAGAAUAAAUCAUUUUUAAGUGCCAAUGCAAUUUUUCAAGAAACGAUCUUCAACUGUAUCGAAUAUAUACCGGAUAUAGUUAUAUCACUGCAAAAUUGUGAUAUAAGCUAGGAUGUUAAAAAGGAAACAUUAAGUUGUUGUAGCUAGCUAUAGAAGGAUACAAACCAACUACUUCGCGCUAACUUGACAAGCAAAGAAGAUAACAAAGACAUUUUGGGAAAUUGUAAUAUGAAAAAAGACGUGUCGGGGACAUUAGGAUUUGUCUCUCAAAAAGACAUCGUCUACAACAAACUUCUGCCAUAUGCGGAUAUAUUAGACGACGAAUCCAAUGUCAUUUUGGGUCAAAUCAAAGGGAACUUGGGCCGGGCUGUCCAGCUUCGAGAGAUAUGGCCGGGUGUCUUGUUUUGGACAAGGAAACUUUCCACGUACAUACGGCUGUACGGCAGGAAGUUCAGCAAGGAGGACCAUGUGCUGUUCAUCAAGCUGCUGUACGAGUUGAUCACCAUGGACAAGCUGGAGAUCAGUAUGAUGCAAGGCCUAGCCCGGCUACUCAUCAACCUCCUCAAAAAAACAGAGUUGCUGUCGCGUGAGGACCUGGAGUUGCCUUGGAGACCACUGUACGAGCUGCAAGACAGGAUCCUCUACUCAAAGACAGAACACCUGGGCCUCAACUGGUUCCCCAAUUCUCUACGGCCUCGUGCUUCCUCUAAACACGUAAUGAUAAAAUUGUUUCAGAGGUGCUCGGUGGAAAAUGUUCUGAAAACACUUGUGAAAAGCUGCAGACCGUAUUUUCCGGAGUCGGCCACCCAGGAGAUGUUGGAGGAGUGGCGUCCACUGCUCUGUCCAUUUGACGUGACCAUGCAGAGAGCAAUAGGAUACUUAGAGCUCUUCCUCCCCACCACCCUACCCCCAGAGCUGCACCACAAGGGCUUCAAGUUGUGGUUUGAUGAGCUCAUCAGCUUGUGGGUGGCAGUACAGAACCUUCCAGGUUGGGAGGUGCAUCUUGUCAACCUGUUUGCCCGCUUGGCCAACGACAACAUUGGCUACAUUGACUGGGACCCAUAUAUACCCAAGAUCUUCACCAGAGUGCUGCGGAGUCUGAACCUCCCAGUGGGGACCAGUCAGAUGCUGGUUCCCAGAUACCUGACAAACGCCUACGAUGUCGUACACGUGGUCCUCUGGGUCUCCGCUUUACUGGGAGGCCCCAGUAAACAAGCCCAGGCACAGCUCCGUGGCCUUUUCAACAGCAUCACGUCUUUCUUCCACCCAUCCAACCAUGGACGCUGGCUGAUGAAGUUGAUGAAGCUGCUGCAGCGCCUCCCGGCCAGCGUGGUGAGACGGCUCCACCGCGAGCGCUACCGGAAGCCCACGUGGCUCACUCCGGUACCGGACAGCCACAAGUUGACUGAGGCAGACAUCACGGCGUUCGUGGAGAGUAUGAUGCAGCCGGUGCUGCUGGCCAUGUUCAGUAAGACGGGUAGUCUGGAUGCUGCUCAGGCCUUGCAGAACCUGGCCCUCAUGAGACCUGAACUUGUCAUACCACCAGUGCUGGAAAAAACCUACCCUGCUAUGGAGACCCUGACAGAACCCCACCAGCUGACUGCCACCCUGAGCUGUAUGAUCGGCGUGGCUCGCAGCUUGGUGUCUGGGGGGCAGCGCUUCCCUGAGGGCCCCACACACAUGCUGCCCCUCCUCAUGAGGGCUCUGCCCGGUGUUGACCCCAAUGACUUCAGCAAGUGCAUGAUAACAUUCCAAUUCAUUGCUACGUUUGUUACUCUUGUGCCUUUGGUGGACUGUUCCUCUGCUGUUCAUGAAAGGAGCGACCUGACAGAGGUGGAAAGAGAGAUGUGCUCAGCAUCGGCAGAGUUUGAGGACUUUGUUCUUCAGUUCAUGGACAGGUGUUUUGCCCUGAUAGACAGCAGUACUCUAGAGCAGACCAGAGAGGAGACAGAGACCGAGAAGAUGACCCAUCUGGAGAGCCUGGUGGAGCUGGGACUAUCUUCUACUUUCAGCACCAUCCUCACACAGUGCUCUAUAGACAUCUUCAAGGUGGCUCUGGAGAAGGUCUUCAUCUUUGCCACCACCAACAUCUUUGAGACUCGUGUGGCUGGCAGGAUGGUGGCUGACAUGUGCAGAGCAGCCUCCAAGGUUCACCCUGCACAGUCUUUGAAGCUUUUGGUACCACACUGCUGCAAUGCCAUAAACCAGCUCACUGUCAAUGAGGAGGUGUUGAGUGAGGAGGAACUGGAUAAGGAGUUACUAUGGAACCUUCAGCUACUGUCAGAGGUGACUCGUGUGGACGGGGACCAGAUCCUCCCCUACAGCACCCAGCUGGUUCAGAUCCUGCAGCUGACCCUCCACCUGAAGUGUAAACAGGGCUACACCCUGGCCUGUAACCUGCUGCAUCAUAUCCUGAGGUCUACAGCUCUCAUCUACCCCACAGAGUACUGCAGUGUACCAGGAAGCUUUCAGCAGCCCACGCAGGACUACCUGCCCAUCAAGGACUGGGGUCGUCCGGGGGACCUGUGGAACCUUCACAUCCAGUGGCACGUCCCCAGUGUGGAGGAGACCAGAUUUGUGUUCUAUGUUCUGGACCUGAUCUUACAGCCAGAGCUGCUGCGACUGCAGAGAUAUGCCCAGGGGGAACGGGACAUGACCAGGGAUGACGUCCUACAGAGUUUGUCUAUCGUACAGCACUGCCUUCUGGGAGCAGGAAGUCUGUUUCCACCGCUGCGAGGAGAGCCCAUCCCAGAACUGGUUACUAGCAUGGUGAAUCUGGGUGAGACUAACCUCUUCACAGGAGUGUCCUAUGAUGUGUCCAGAGAGAACUACAGAGAUGCUAUCUGUAGAGUGAUGAGGCAGUUGCUACAUCACAUUCUGGAACACUCAGAGGACGACACCAAGUCUCUAUUCUCCAUCAUCAAGAUCAUCAGUGACCUGCUACACUUCAAAGGCUCCCAAAAACACGAGUUUGACUCUCGCUGGAAGAGCUUCAACCUGGUCAAGAAGUCUAUGGAGAACAGGCUUCAUGGCAGGAAGCAGCACAUCAGAGCCCUACUGAUCGACAGAGUUAUGCUACAGCAUGAGCUUCGUAAGCUAACAGUGGAGGGGUGUGAGUACAGGAGUAUCCACCAGGAACUGAUGAGGGAUCUGCUGAGGCUAUCCACCAGCACCUACAGUCAGGUGCGUAGCCGGGCUCAGAGUGUGCUGUUCACGGCUCUGGGAACCUAUAACUUCUGCUGCAGGGACGUGAUCCCCCGUGUGCUGGAGUUCCUGGAACCAGACCGCUCCGACGUCACACAGCAGCAGUUCAAAGGUGCCUUAUACUGUCUCUUGGGGAACCACAGUGGGGUGUGCCUGGCCAACCUGCACGACUGGGACUGUAUCACCCUGACCUGGCCUGCCAUCGUCCGCUCAGGACUCAGCUCAGCUAUGUCCCUGGAGAAGCCCUCCAUCGUCCGCCUGUUCGACGACCUCGCUGACAAGAUCCACCGCCAGUACGAGACCAUCGGCAUAGACUUUGCUAUCCCAUCAGAAUGCCGUGCGGUGGCGGUGAAGCUCCAGACCUCUGGUGUUCCUCUGCCCCCGGAACCUGUCCCCUCAGACCAAGAAGAAGCAGAGGGCCUCAGGAAGCAGGAGGAGAAGAACUUAGACUCUGAACAGAAAUAUGACAAGCUGGUUGGUGAACUUCUGGACCGCCUCAAUGACAGAAACAUGCCCUGGAAGUUUGAGCACAUUGCCAUUGGCUUCAUGUCUCUGUUACUGAGGGAUGACCACCCCCUCCCCUCCCCCGCUGUCCUUUUCUUCGUCAAGAGCCUCAACCAUGACUCCCUCCUGGUCCGCAAGGUGGGGAUAUCAGCUGUUGCAGGGAUCAUGAAGCAACUCAAGAGGCCACACAGAAAAGUACCAGUCAGCCCCAACACGCUCUGUGGUAUGAAAGAGCUGGCUGGUUUGAUAGCAGGGGACAGGCCUGAUAACCAGUGGCUCCAGUAUAACAGUAGCAGUCUGCCUCGUACCCAGCAGGACUGGGAGGGCUGUACGUUUGUAGAGAAGACCCACUGGGGAUACUACAGCUGGCCACAGAAACUCAUGAUGUACGCUCCUUCUGAGGAGCAGCCCAAACAAGGACUGACCAGGGAGGAGAUGACAGAGCGAGAGCAGAUCAUCUACGACCACUUCUCAGAUCCAGGAUUCAUCAACCAGCUGAUUGAGUUCCUCUCUCUGGAGGACCGUAAGGGCAAGGACAAGUUCAGUCCCCGCAGGUUCUGCCUUUUCAAGGGUCUGUUCCGGAACUUCAACGAUGCCUUCCUGCCCCUGUUGAAACCACACAUGGAGCGUCUGGUGGCCGACACACAUGAGAGCAAACAGCGCUGUGUAGCAGAGAUCACCUCUGGACUGAUCAGAGGCAGCAAGCACUGGAGCUAUGGCAAGGUGGAGAGUCUGUGGGAGCUGCUGUGUCCUCUGAUCCGUACAGCUCUGAACAACAUCACUGUAGAAACAUACGCUGACUGGGGCACCUGCAUCGCCACAGCCUGUGAGAGCAGAGACCCCAGGAAGCUCCACUGGUUGUUUGAAAUGCUGAUGGAAUCUCCAGUCAACGGGGAGGGGGGAUCCUUCGUAGAUGCCUGUCGUCUGUAUGUGCUGCAGGGGGGCCUGGCUCAACAGGAGUGGAGGGUCCCUGAGCUGCUCCACAGACUGCUGCAGUACCUCGAGCCCAAACUCACACAGGUCUACAAGAACGUCCGUGAGCGCAUCGGAAGCGUCCUCACCUACAUCUUCAUGAUAGACGUCAACCUGCCGUACACCCAGCCCACGGCCUCGCCCCGCAUCAAGGAGUUCACAGAGCGCAUACUGCUGCGCCUCAAACCACUGACAGAGGGGGACGAGGAGAUCCAGAACCACGUGGUAGAGGAGAAUGAUGUGGGGGAGCAGGAUGAGAGGACACAGGCCAUCAAACUACUGAAGACAGUACUCAAGUGGCUGAUGGCCAGUGCUGGACGCUCCUUCUCCACGGCCGUUCCAGAGCAGCUCCAGUUGCUACCCCUGCUGUUCAAGAUCGCUCCGGUGGAGAAUGAUGACAGUUAUGAUGAGCUGAAGAGGGAUGCAAAGACCUGUCUGUCUCUGAUGUCCCAGGGACUACUCUACACAGAGCAGAUACCACUGGUCCUACUGGCCCUGCAAGAGAUAGCGGGUAGCAGUUCGUGGCAUGCUCGCUACACGGUGCUGACGUACCUACAGAUCAUGGUCUUCUACAACCUGUUCACCUUUAUGAGCGACCAGGGAGCUGUCAAUGACGUCAGAGCACUGGUCAUACGCCUGCUGGAGGACGAGCAGCUGGAGGUGAGGGAGAUGGCUGCCACCACUCUGAGCGGUUUCCUUCAGUGUAACUUCCUGUCUAUAGAGGGUCCCAUGCAGAGCCACUUCGAGGCCCUCUGUAAGACCCGCCUACCCAAGAAGAGGAAGAGGGAGCUGGGCUCCGUGGUGGACACCAUCCCCUCUGGAGAUCUAGUGAGGCGACAUGCUGGAGUGUUAGGUCUGAGUGCCUGUAUCCUGUCCAGCCCCUACGAUGUUCCCAGCUGGAUGCCCCAGCUUCUGAUGAACCUGAGCGUCCACCUCAAUGACACACAGCCCAUUGAGAUGUCUGUGAAGAAGACCCUGUCUAACUUCCGGCGGACUCAUCAUGACAACUGGCAGGAACACAAACAGCAGUUCACUGACGACCAGCUGCUGGUUCUGACCGACCUGCUUGUCUCACCCUGCUACUAUGCCUAGAUACCUGGGCCCUGGUACAACUUUCAGAUGGAGAUAAUGUUUUCUUAAACGGAGGAAUGACACCCUGAAUGCCCUCUUUGAGCCACUCAACAGUUCCUCGCUCUGUUAUUGGUCUGGGAAAGCCUCAAACUGAACAGAACAGGGCCAUAUUCACAAAGCGUCUGAGUACAAUUGCUGAUUUAGGAUCAGUUUUGCCUUUCAGAUCGUAUUGAAUACCAUUAUAUGGACAUGGAGAUCCUCGAUCAGCAGCGCUACUCUGAGACGCUGUGUGACUUCCAGAACAGACGAGCCUGCAUGAGGGGAGACGGGCCUCACUUUCAGGUCCCUGCCCUCUGACCAGACCAACGGACGACACCUGGGUCAUUUUCACUAGGCACCAAACAUAAUGAAACGAGGAGGAACUACCUGGAUGUUUCCUUAGAAAAAGGUUUUUGCUACGUUGUGCCGUAACGAAUACAACCCUGUACCCUGAGGACCUUGGGGAGGGGGGGAUAUGCAUACGUAAUGGAUGGAUGGAGUUGUGUAUUUGUUUUUAGCGCUCAUUUACAUUUCUACUAUACUUAAUAUUUAAGGAUAAACCAUAGCAUGGAUGAUUGAUCUGCACUUUGUAAUAUUACUGUACAGUUGAUUUCUCUUGUUCUUCUCGUGUGUGUGUGUGUGUGUGUGUGUGUGUGUGUGUGUGUGUGUGUGUGUGUGUGUGUGUGUGUGUGUGUGUGUGUGUGUGUGUGUGUGUGUGUGUGUGUGUGUGUGUGUGUGUGUGUGUGUGUGUGUGUGUGUGUGUGUGUGGAAUGCUUGAUGAAGAUACCUGCAGGUUUCCCUCGAUCGCUGGUCCAAGUUGUAGUGCGUGUUCCCCCAUUAGUGCACCACUACGCCUUAGGACCAGAGCUAGUUUCCCCCGUAAUAUUGCUCUCAGUACAACAUCCCCUCAAUGUUAUCAACUCUGCACCAACUAACUAUAUUAUCCCACUAGAGCAAGGCUCUCCAGUCCUGUUCCUGGGGAGCUGCUGUCCUGUAGGUUUCACUAUGACCUUAAUCUAGCACACCUGAUUCUAAAAACUACGUGGUUGAUCAGCUGAGUUAAGAUAGUUACAACUGGGGUUGGAGUGAAAACCUACAGGAGGCUAGCUCCCCAGGAACAGGGUUGGAGUGAAAACCUACAGGAGGGUAGCUCCCCAGGAACAGGGUUGGAGUUAAAACCUACAUGAGGGUAUCUCUCCAGGAACAGGGUUGGACUGAAAACCUACAGGAGGGUAGCUCUCCAGGAACAGGGUUGGAGUUAAAACCUACAGGAGGGUAGCUCUCCAGGAACAGGGUUGGAGUUAAAACCUACAUGAGGGUAGCUCUCCAGGAACAGGGUUGGAGUUAAAACCUACAGGAGGGUAGCUCUCCAGGAAACAGGGUUGGAGAGCCCUGCUCUAGAGGAUAGGAACCAUAUUGUCCCAGGUCUCCAAUGAAGUGUUCUUAGCCACAGUCUGUAUGUGUUCAGAUGAUCGUUCAUUAUCAUUAGAUUAGGAGUGUUUCCCAAAUGGACCCUUUUCCUUUUAGUGCACUACUUUUGACAAGGGCCCAUAAGGCUCUGAUCAAAAGUAGUGCACUAUAUAGGGAAUACAGUGUCAUUUGGGACAUAACUUAGAUUUUAACCUGGCACACACAUUUACAUACUUGAUGUUUGUGUACUUUGUUUAUCUCUGCUAUAUGCAUAUUUUAUUAUGUGUGUAUACCAUGUGUAUGUAACAUAAAUGCACAAACAGGUUUAUUUAUUUGUUUGAAGUGCUGAUUUUAUUAUUCUUAAGAGUUGCUGGUAAUGAAAGCUUUUGGUUUGUGAGUAGAUAGAUUGUUCAGCUUGUUAGUGACGGAGCAUUUGAUGUAAUCUGCUCUCGCUUGGGCAAUGAUGACUAUGUAGCAGAGUGAGAUUGUUAGUGUGUGUUCAUUCCUCAAGGCUAUGUGCAAGGUUUUCAGCUGAUGGAUACAGUUUAAUCAUCAUGGCAUGUCUAAACCCCUCUCAAAAGCCCAAGGGACUCAUUUCCCAGACACAGAUCAAGCCUGGUCCUGGACUAAAAAGCAUGAUAUAAUUGGAGUCUCCAUUGAAACAAAGCUUUUUAGUCCAGGACCAGGCUUGAUCUGUGUCUGGGAAACGGAGCCCAAGGAAUAGCCAAACAUCCUGUCCACCACCUUAGCAUCGCACCCCUUCCCCUCUACUCAUCAAAAUAACAUUGUUCUCCAUUCUUUUUAAAAACCCUAGUGAGAGAUUUAUUUUUGGUUCAAUAUUUACUUUUCCAUGAAGACUUGAAAAUCUAGUCUCAUUGGUUCAGUUUAGUACCUCACACCUGUUUAGUGUAGUGCCAAAACUGCAGUGAUUAUUUUUAGAUGUACUGUUUUCUGAAGAAAAUAAAGAAAUUCAUGGGUUGUUUGUAACAAA